AUGGCCGCGCUCGUUGGUUCUCGUGCAUCUGAGCUUUAUUGCAAACGUUUGUCAGCCGGUACGGGUACUUUCUCCGUGCCACGGUACCUCAAUAUAAAUAAUCCAAAGAAGUAUUUGAUUGAACAACUGAGCGCCCUUCGAGACGCCAAAAAUGGAACCGGGAACCCACCUUCGCUUUUCACUGAAGAAAACGCGGAGAGUAUUUUCAAUAUGCUUGAUCCUUGUGAAAAAGCAAGCAUAAGUUUAGAUAAGUACUGUCAUGCGUUGGAGACAAUGGGAUUGACAAAGUAUGAUAAAUCACCACCCGGAGCGGAAAAAGACAAUGUGAAAAAGGAGGACUAUCUAAAGGAGGCGUAA